AUGCACUACCACAAUACCAACAGCUCGCGCCAAAACCCAUUGCUAUCCAUUUCGGCGCUGCUUGAUGGACCAUCACUAGUCCCAGUGGCCGCUUUCGAGGCAGCUGUUGAGACUGGAACGUUGUGCGAGCAGCCUUUAAUGCUUGAACAUCGCCAAAAUAAUAUUUGCAAUCUAAUCUCAUCCGACACAUCAGAUAACAUGACCACACCAAGUUCAAGAAUAUGCUCACUCACAUCCCCGCCCACCCCCGUACCCACCACUGACGACUGCGCGUCAGCUGCUUUGCACACUACCACUGCCAGUUCCAGCAAGGAAAUCAGCUGCAUGAACUGCAGGACCACGAGCACGCCGCUUUGGCGACGAGACCCGGCAUCGGGAUCACACUUGUGCAACAGGUGCGGUUUGUACCUCAAAACCUACAACGUCAUGCACCCGCUGACCAAGAUAAAGCGGCGAGCGAUGAACACGGUAGCAACCAAGAAGGACCCGCUUCAAGCGGCAAAUCCGACAGUGGAGGAGAUGGACGAUGUCGAGCAGAUACCUAGGCCAGCCAACUGCCACCCGGCACAACUGCAGCAGGUCGAUGUGCGGGCAGCGCAGAAGCGGCGCAUCACUCCCAAGCAACUGAUAAGCCUGGGGAUGACGCCCAAGUGCUUCAACUGCUGCGCCGAGCAGACCCCCCUGUGGCGCCGCGACCCUGAGGACAACAUUAUUUGCAACAGCUGCGGCUUGUUCUAUAAGCUUCACGGCAAGGCUCGUCCGGUGUCGAUGAAGCGCGCAGCGGUGAAGCGCCGUAACCGCACUGUUGCGCACCACCGUCAGCAGGGCUCCUCCGCUGCAGAGGCUGUGGGCAGUCCGCCGGUGCUCUCAAAGCCAGCCACUGUGGAUGUCAGCGAGGAGACUCGGGCUCCAGCGACUGUCAGCUCGGAUGCCGGGGCUGUUGCUGAUUCAUCGAUGGGCGGACUCGAGUUUUUGAUGAAGGCAGCUGAGCUCAGCCCAUUGGCCCAGGCGGAUCCGAGCCAGACCACAAAGCAUGCGCCGUGCAGUGGGCUGGACAUGCUGGUGUCGCUGGCGAGCGUCGCUGCAGCAGAAUUCUCGUUUGCUGAAAAUUCCACGGAAGUAAUGGCAGCAGAAGAUCCUGCGAUGCAGCAGUCGGGUGGCGUGCACAAGGAGAAGCUGCAGCUAGAGUGCCAGCGGCUCGAGCAGCUUUUGGCCAAGUCAAAGGCCAUGCUGAGCACACUCAACUGA